AUGUCAUUCAGACAAAGUUUAGUACUAGCGUUAAUGUUCCUCUGCAUCAAAUUUUCGGUCGAAGAAUCAGAAUCUGGUGCUAGACUACUUGUUUCCAAGCAAAUCUUGAAUAAGUAUAUUGUUGAAAAUAUGGACUUGGUUGUGAAGUAUACUUUGUAUAACAUUGGAAGUAGCCCAGCAGUCAAUGUGUUACUUACUGAUAAGAGUUUCAGCCCUGACAGAUUCGCAGUUGUUGGGGGAAGUCUUGCAGUUAAAAUUCAUAGGAUACCGCCUGCUACGAACAUGUCUCACACUGUUGUUCUAAGGCCCAUCAGACUUGGCUUCUACAAUUUUACUUCAGCUGAAGUAGAAUACAACGGAGGAACUGAAGACGCCCAUGUUAAUGUAGCACUUAGCAGUGAACCCGGUGAGGGAUAUGUUGUAUCCUUCAGAGAUUAUGAUAAGAAGUUUUCUCCACAUCUACUGGAUUGGGCUGCGUUUGCCAUUAUGACAUUACCUUCACUAGGAAUUCCAUUUUUUCUUUGGUGGUCCAGUAAAAGCAAGUAUGAUUAUGAGCCUUUGUCCAAGAAGAAGAUGCAGAGGGAUGCUCUAAAGAAGAAAGAUGAUGACAAAAACUAA